ACACCCUUCCAUCCACCCCCAGUACCCUCAUCCUUACGCGUCUCCACUUUUCCCCACUCACACUUUCCCAAAACUCCAACCACCCAGAAAUGAAAUCUGCAGAAGAAGAACCCUCCACAGACGCCCAGCACCGCCAAAUCCAAGCCUUCCUGGCCGAGCUCCCGCCGGAGGUAAUCAUCAACAUCCUCUCACGCCUCCACGUCGGCCGCCUCCUCUGUUUCAGGUCCGUCGCCAGACCAUGGCGGUCCCUAAUCGACAGCUCCUACUUCAAAAACCUCCACCUCCUUCAUUCCACCGAGACCAAAUCCAAUCUCACUCUUAUCCUCCGUAAGGACUCCGACCUCUACUGCGUCGAUUUCGAUUCGCUAAACGAUGCCGUCGAGCUCAAUCACCCGCUCAUGUGUUACAGCAACCGAAUUAGGGUUCUGGGGUCCUGCAACGGGCUGCUGUGCAUCUGCAACGUGGCGGAGGACAUCGCGUUGUGGAGCCCUUGGAUUAAAAAGUACAGGAUUCUGCCGUCUUUGCCGUCGGAUCGAAAGAGGGACAAAGGCAUGUGCUUGUGUGGUGCUAGGGUUUACGGGCUGGGAUACGACGCCGUUCAUGACGACUAUAAAUUGGUCAGGAUUUCGCAGUUUAUCGGAUGGGACUAUGCGUCGUUUGAGAGUGAGGUGAAAGUUUAUAGUCUGAGAAUGAAUGCGUGGAGAAAGGUGGAUGACAUGCCGUAUGUGCUGUGUUACACGCGAAAAAUGGGGAUUCUUGUGAGUGGAUCUGUGCAUUGGGUGGUGACGCGGAGUCAUGAAGUGGAUCAACCCGCAACCGAGUUGGUUAUUGGAUUUGAUGUAGAGAAGGAGAGAUUUGGGGAGGUGCCGAUGCCGGAGAUGGACCGGAAGUGUCAGAUUGAUGUGGGGUAUUUGGAAGGGUGUCUUUGCAUUAUAGCCAAGUAUGAAGAUAUGGGUGUUGAUGUUUGGACUAUCAAACAGUAUGGGGUUAAGGAGACUUGGUGUAAAUUGUUUACUGUGAAACAGGCUCAAGGGGUUAGAAGGCCUAAGAGUAUUAAGCCUCUGGUUUAUUCAAAGAAUCGUCGACAAGUUUUGCUGGAACAAAACCAUGAAGAUCUUGUUUGGUUUGACUUGGAAAGUCAGAUGGUCAAUAAAAUUAAGAUUCGCGGUUUGCCAGAUUUAUUUGAGGCUAUAGUCUGUGCGGAAACCCUUGUUCCGGUUGAUCCUAGUAAACGAGAAGACAAGGAAAAAGAGGGAAAAAAGAAUAAGAAGAGGGAUGAUUUCCUAGCAGAAGGCUUCAAAUUGGUGCUUUAGGCAACACACAACAGAAACAUGAUGAGAAUAAUGUGUGGAUAAGAUCAGAAAAGGUACCUUGAGCUGUUUAGCUGCAAUAUUGUGUAUCUUCUGUCACAUUUUGUCUCAGGGCUGAAGAUGAAGAUCCGGAUCGUACUUGCGUGAGCUAAAAUGACUAGAGCAUAAUACCUCACUAGACUUAGAACUGGUAGACUAAUCACAAGCAAAUGUGCACCUGAUCUGAUCACAAGCAUACCAGGUGCACAUUUCUUCCACAUAUAUCGAACCAAGAAUAAAGAGAGGCACAUUCUGUAAGAUAACUUGACUGGUAGUGUCUCUCCAUUUUCAGAUACAGUUUCUGGUGUAGAAUCUUAUAGAAUACAUUCGGAAUGUAAUGAUGUGCUCUAUUUUGAACUUUUGUAUACACGAGCUUCAAACCUUCUGAUUAUACAGUUAUUACAGUUAUAGCUUCUGCUGAUGAA